UAGAUAGAUAGAGAGAGAGAGAGAGAGAGAGAUAUCAAGAGGUUUUAAGAGAUAAACGGAACACGAUUACGAUGCAGGAAUAUACUUUACAUUAUUUCAAUAGGCGCGGCCGAGCUGAAAUAUGUCGUCUGCUUUUUGCACUGGCAGAUAUUCCGUACAUCGAUAAACGUAUCGACUUUUCCAAAUGGGAUAGCAUGAAAAACAAAAUGCCAUGUUGUAUGCUGCCGAUUCUCGAGAUUGAUCGUAAAAUUCAGGUUCCACAAAGUAUGACAAUUUCAAGAUAUUUAGCAAACGAAUUCGGGUUCCACGGCAGUAACAAUAUCGAAAAGGCGAAAAUUGAAAGCAUCACAGAUUGUUUAUAUGAUGUGUUUGAUAAUUAUAUGAGGAUGUUUUACGACAGAAAUGGGCGAAAAGUGAAACGUUUUUCGACUGACAUGAGAGGCAAAUACACCGAAAAUCAGUCUGAAAGCCGAACGAAUUAUUUAGAAACAUGCAACAGAGUACUGCCAUAUUUGGAAAAUUGUUUGCAAUCAAAAGAAAGUUCUGGUCAAUAUUUUACGGGAGAUAAGAUCAAACUCUGCGAUUUAAUGUGUUACUCUGCCUUGGAGAAUCCGCUUAUAGAAAAUCCAGCUUUACUAAAUGAUUUCCCGAAGCUUCGAAACCUCAGACAACAGGUCACUGCAAACCCAAAAGUUUUAUCAUACUUGAAAAAACGCAACGAAACGGAAUGCUAAUAUUAGAAUUAAUUAUGAUUUUAUGGUAGAAAUCCAGGGAAAUCGUAUUGAAUGUGUUAAGUAAUAUCUUGGCUGUUCAAACGAUAAGACCUAGCAUCAUAUCCUUGUUUGGAGAGUUUUGAAACUUUGUCGUCUUUUAUCAAUGCUAAAUAAUGUUUGUGGGAGAUUUUAAUACAGUUGUAACUAUGUCGUUGUUCGUGAAUUCACUUGUAAUGCAUUCUAGUUAUUAAAGUUAUUACAGCAUAA